AUGUGGACUCGUACUACAACGAAUGUGAUUGUGUUUUUUGAUUUAGCAGAUGAGAAGAUUGGGGAAAUGAAAGUACCAAAUUGUGUAGUUUUUAGGGACGAUAUGGACUUGACUGUUGCUGUUUUUGAUGGAUUGCUUUCGUUGGUUGCCUCAAGGAGACCCUACCAUAGUGAAGUAAGUUAUUCAAUUUGGCAAAUGAAAGAGUAUAGCGAUGCCAAAUCUUGGAUCAAACUAUUCAAUAUUGAACCUUCGGGAUACUAUGUAUACGAUUUUGUUGGGUUUAAGAAAAAUGGUGAGGUAUUUUUUGAUGUUGAUGGAGAGCUAACUUAUUACUCCAGGAACAAAAAUGGGAGUUGUAGAAUUUUGGGCACUGAAAUUUUGGGGUGCCCCGAAGAAUUUUCUUUGGACUCUUAUGUGGAGAGUCUUGUCUUAUUGAAUGUAGCAAGUUGGAUCUCAUCAACUGAGAAUCCUCCUGCAGAUAACGAAGCAAAUAGAGGUUCAAAUUAA